AUGCUUGUCAUUUCUUGGUUAUCAGAGUGUACCCUGCCACCAGACCCCAUUCUUUACCCUUAUGACAAGACUGGCCAUGGUUUCUACAAUGAUGCAACAGGAAGGCUUCUAUGUCCUGUGGAUCACGACUGGAACAACUCUGAGGACUACCACCCUGAUUAUAGGGUGAUGGCUUACUCUUGGCCAACAUUCUUGUAUGAUGGACAUUAUGAUGCUAGGAAUCCUAGAGAUGGCCUGUUUAAAGGGAAGUUGCUAUUAAAGAUGUUUAAAGCCAUAUUUACAUCUCCCACCUCUGCGGAGCUUGAUGACCCAGAGCAGACUGGUUCUGAUGAAGUUUCUGCACAUGGACAUUCAAAGCACCGAAGAACCCGGACAAGUGGCGAGUGGCACACACGCUGUGAUGUUGCAGGGCUACUCAACAUGAAAUCCACUCAACCACGGGCAAUUGCAUAUGCUGCUGUCCAGCUUCGCUUCGCUUUGUCCAGUGCUAGCUUGUGGCAGAUCACGGAUGAUGACUUCAACAGUGAAGUUUUCUAUAACCAUAUUGUUGAUUUCUUUGAGCUUCCCCCAACACAAGACACAGCAAAUGAAGUAGAUGAUAUUUUACUAUGGUGGAACCGCAAAGUUUUUGGUCGCAAGUAUGUGUCUGUUUAUCGCCCCCAAAGGGUUGAACAGUUAUCAGUUGCUCGGACAUGGGCUUGA